AUGUCUACCAUCAAUAAUGCGGACUGGUUCAUCAUCCCAGAGAGUCUCGACUAUUUGCUCACCCAGCUCAACAUUGACCUAAUCCCACAACUGGACCUGACUAAGCCUUUGCUCGACACAACCUUCAAGAAGUGUCGCCCACCAUCAUAUGCCAGAAGACAAAGGCAGGAGGACUUCAACAAUGCAUUGGAGGACUGUAUCCUAACCAUGUACGAACAAUGGGAGGUCCUUCUCUGUUGGCAGAUGUACUGCAGGGAGUUCAUCUUCCAGAAAGGCAUAACCUAUCUCAAAUCCUGCAUGGUGCCUGAGAGACAAGUGUCCACACUGUCCAUGAUGUACAAUGCCUUCCAGUGCUGUGUGGAAGCCAAGUCUGCCCUGCCCAACCUGCUAGCAGUGUUCCCUAUUCUGGAACAGAUGGCAGCCAAAUGA